AUGGCGACCCAAGAAGCCAUCGCUGCCGGGCUUAUCGACUGGAUCAACAGUCUCGCCGUCGCAGACCCUGUGUACACGGUAGACGACUUCACCAAUGGCGACCUCAUCUGGAAGGCUCUUCAGCAAAUUGACCGCUUCAGCUUUCCUGGUAAACUUCCAGAAGACCCCGAGACCGAUCAAUGGAUCAACAAGUGGACCAACCUCAAACACAUUUACGAUGCGCUCUCUAUCUUCCUCGUGGAAGAAUGCGGGCAACGUCUGCCUCUGCCUGGUGGCCGCCCGGACCUGAAAGCCAUCGCCCAAUCCUCCUCUCUCACCGACACCGUCGCUCUCCUGAAGCUCCUCGUGGUGGCUGCCAUUAAUUGCGCCGACCGUAUUGACUACCUGAAGCAGAUGCAGGAGCUGGCAGAGUCAACUCAGGAAGUAUUGAUGCAAACGGUGCAAGAGGCGGGAGAAGAUGGAGGAGAAGCGGACGAGGCCGAUGCGGAGGACCCGAAUGAUCAAGUCCAAGAAGAACUUCUCAGCUCUCCUCGUCGUUCUACAGAGAUGGAAUCCGUCCUUGAAUCUGAAGAGAGGCUCGGCAAGGUGAUCGCCGACAACCAGCGGAUAGCCUACGAGAAGCGGGAACUGCAGAAACAGCUCGACGAGUCGUAUUCACGCUAUGAGAAACUGCAAGAGCGUUUCGACCAAGCUCAAGAUGAUCUCAAAGAAUCCAACGACCGCUUGGCUGCCAUUCUUGCAGGAAAAUCCGACAUUUCGACCCGGCCACUAGACUCCAAACAUGACACCCUGAUUGCGACUUUGGAGAACCGUGUACUCGAGGCCGAAUCCGAGGUGGAGGAGCUGCGGAAGAACAAUGAAGUUCUCAAAAUCAAGGCCGAGAAGGCCCAAAAGCUGCAAGACGAUUACGACGAGAUGAAGAUUGACCGAGAUCGUCUGGCCCGGAAGGCAAAUACAGCGGAGAAAUAUAGACAGAAGCUGGAAGCCAGCCAGGACCUGGAGAAAGACAACACAAAUCUCAGGGCUAAAGUGACAGAACUGCAGAACCAACUCAAGCAGUCCGACUUUGCUCAGGCGAACUCGAGUGACUUGCAUCGAGAGAUUGAUGAAUACCGUCGCCUCUUGCCCAGCAUUGAGCAGGAAAGAUACGAGUUGAACGAGAUGAAAAAGAGGCUCGAAUUUGAUUACCACGCACUGGAAGCACGAUAUCACGACGCCGUUGAGCAGUUGUCCCGCCAAAAUCAUGCUUUGGAAGACCUACAGAGCAGAUUGCGUGACUACGAAGAAGGCAUCACCCCAGCGCCAAGGGAAGAAAGGCCCCCAGACCCGGUCAAUAGAGACUUUGAGAAAGAAGAAGCAGAAUUUGCUGAGUCAGAAGCCCGGCUUGCCGCUGCAUUACUGAAUGGCGGGCCCGCUUCUCCGACGGCGAAGGACACGAAUCUUAGUCUUUCAAGGGAAACAGAAGCAACUAUUCCUGGCCUCGAGGACAAGGAGAGCAUCUCUGAGGAUGAGCUGAAAGCCAUCAUGUCUGCUAUGCGUGCGCAGGCACAGGCCGGCACUGCCACGGAAAGAGAAUCGUCUCUGCGCGCACAGAGGAAACUAAUUUUGGCGAUUGAGCAACAAAGAACCAAGAACAAGCUACUGCUCGACCACGUCCAGAAGCAGGACCAGACGAUCAAGGACAUGCAGAACAUCGAACGUGAAAAAGAAUCUCAGAAAGCGGAAAAAGAUGCUGCACCUCCUCCUGUGUUGAAAGGUGGCGCAGCUAGCUCCUCCCACUCGCUAGACGAGGAGUCCGAAAUUGAACGACUCACAAACCAAAACAUCAUCCUCCAACGCGAACUUAGACUCAUGGCAUCGGCUUGGUACGACCAAAAUUUGCGGCUUGCGAGCGCGAGCUCGGCUACAUCGGGGCGGAAUAGGGGAAUUGGUAAUGCUGGUGAGCCCCGGGGAUUUCUGGGGCGGCAAAGGCGCAGAGUCGACGCUGUUGCAUUCGGAAGAAGAAUUUGA